GACCCCUUGUCCCUGCCGGACCCCGCCUGCCCCGGCGCCGGCGGCGGCACGGCCAUGAAGCUGAAGCUGAAGAACGUGUUUCUCGCCUACUUCCUGGUGUCGAUCGCCGGUCUCCUCUACGCGCUGGUGCAGCUCGGAGUUGAACGAGAAGGUAUGGCCCUUUGGGAUGCUGAACAUGCUGUGGUUCUCUGCCUCCAUCUCUGCUUCCUGGGACCAGGCCAGCCAUGUGACUGCCUCCCUCCCCUGCGGGCCGCAGCAGAGCAGCUUCGGCAGAAGGAUCUGAGGAUUUCCCAGCUGCAAGCUGAUCUCCGUCGCCCACCCCCUGCCCCUGCCCAGCCCCCUGAACCUGAAGCCCUGCCUACUAUCUAUGUUGUUACCCCCACCUAUGCCAGGCUGGUGCAGAAGGCGGAGCUGGUGCGGCUGUCCCAGACACUGAGCUUGGUACCGCGACUGCAUUGGCUACUGGUAGAGGACGCUGAGGGCCCCACCCCAUUGGUCUCAGGGCUGCUGGCUGCCUCUGGCCUCCUCUUCACACACCUGGCUGUCCUUACCCCCAAGGCCCAGCGGCUCCGGGAGGGCGAGCCAGGCUGGGUUCGGCCCCGUGGUGUCGAGCAGCGGAACAGGGCCCUGGAUUGGCUCCGAGGUGGAGGGGGAGCCGUGGGGGGAGAGAAGGAUCCACCCCCACCAGGGACCCGGGGAGUCGUGUACUUUGCUGACGAUGACAACACCUACAGCCGGGAACUCUUUGAGGAGAUGCGCUGGACCCGCGGUGUCUCAGUGUGGCCAGUUGGGCUAGUGGGCGGCCUGCGAUUUGAGGGCCCUCGGGUACAGGAUGGCCGGGUCGUGGGCUUCCAUACGGCAUGGGAACCCAACAGGCCCUUCCCAUUGGAUAUGGCGGGAUUUGCUGUUGCCCUGCCCUUGCUGUUGGCUAAGCCCCAUGCCCAGUUUGAUGCUUCUGCUCCCCGGGGCCACCUGGAGAGCAGUCUCCUGAGCCACCUGGUGGAUCCCAAGGACCUAGAGCCACGGGCUGCCAACUGCACUCGGGUUCUGGUGUGGCAUACGCGGACAGAGAAGCCCAAGAUGAAGCAGGAGGAGCAGCUACAGCGGCAGGGCCGAGGCUCAGACCCAGCCGUUGAGGUGUGAUGGCGGCCCCACCCCGCCCCCCACCUCAUCAGGCACAGACCUGGGGGACUGGGCCUCUGGCCUGCCCAGGAUGUGGUUUUCCAAGUCCUGACCCCUCAGAGCCAGGGGCGGCCCCUCUGCCCCUUCAGCCCCAGGGCGUGGCCCAGCUGCUUCUCCCCUCCCCCAGCCUGCCAUGUGGCACUGCCCACAGGCUGGGGACAAGCAGCCCUUGUAUUGAGCCAGAUCGGCCCUGUCUGGGGCGGAGCAGGACAGACAGACUCAGGAGGGAGGGCGGCUGAGUAACUGGGUAACUUAUUGAGGCUGGGCAUGCACUGGGGGGCUGGAGGAGCUGGGCUGGACCCUCCCCACCUGAGCAUGCUGACCCCCCUCCUACCUCCAGAAUAAAAAAUCUCAACGUGGAGGGGGUCUCUGUUUUCCUUCA